ACGCUUUUGAGUAAGCCAUACAUACGGGACAAGUGUUAAUAAUACCCUCUAAUACUUCAUGAGGCAUUUUCGGACGAGGUAACAGAUAAAAGAGGAGAUAGAGAAGAUGGUGGCAAGUUCUAGUUCAGAAGGAACAGGAGUACCCCUAUUGAGAGCAUCUGAUAAUAAUGGAAGAGAUCAAAACACAAGAUCCCCCCAAGCUGAGGGAUGGUGGAACAAAGUGUUGGACAUGGAAGAGGCCAAGCACCAACUCUUGUUUUCACUGCCAAUGAUUCUUACCAACUUGUUCUAUCACUUGAUCAUUUUGGUUUCUGUCAUGCUUGUUGGUCACCUUGGUGAGCUUCAGCUUGCUGGUGCUACUCUUGCAAAUUCAUGGUUCAGUGUCACUGGCGUGGCAGUUAUGGUUGGUUUGAGUGGGGCACUGGAAACACUCUGCGGACAAGGAUUUGGUGCAAAGGAAUACCAAAUGCUGGGAAUUUACCUACAAGCCUCUUGCAUCAUAUCUCUUAUUUUUUCAAUCAUUAUAUCCAUUAUUUGGUUCUAUACAGAACCCAUCCUAGUGUUGCUUCAUCAAUCUCCCGACAUUGCAAGAACAGCUGCACUUUAUAUGAAGUUUCUUAUCCCGGGAGUGUUUGCUUAUAGCUUCUUGCAAAACAUCUUGAGGUUUCUCCAGACACAAUCUGUAGUAAUUCCAUUGGUUGUACUCUCUGCUCUUCCAAUGCUGGUUCAUAUUGGUGUUGCAUAUGGCUUGGUUCAGUGGUCAGGUCUGAGUUUUACAGGUGCACCAGUUGCUGCUUCUAUUUCACUAUGGAUAUCAUUGCUAUUAUUGGCCUUGUAUGUAAUGUAUGCUAAGAAGUUCAAGCAGACAUGGAAAGGAUUUUCAACGCAUUCAUUUCGUUACGUAUUUACAAACAUGAGACUAGCUCUGCCCUCUGCUGCAAUGGUAUGUUUGGAGUAUUGGGCUUUUGAAGUUUUGGUUUUCUUAGCUGGACUAAUGCCCGACUCACAGAUAACCACUUCGUUGAUUGCAAUAUGUAUAAACACAGAAUUCAUUGCCUACAUGAUCACUUAUGGUCUCAGUGCAGCUGCAAGCACAAGGGUAUCCAAUGAAUUGGGAGCAGGCAACCCGGAACGAGCUAAACAUGCGAUGAGUGUCACACUGAAGCUCUCUCUCCUCCUUGGAUUAUGUUUUGUUUUGGCACUUGGAUUUGGUCACAAUAUCUGGAUUCAGUUUUUCAGCGACAGUUCUACAAUUAAAAAGGAGUUUGCUUCAGUGACACCCUUGCUUGCCAUUUCAAUAUUACUUGAUGCCAUCCAAGGUGUCUUGUCAGGGGUGUCCAGAGGAUGUGGCUGGCAGCACUUGGCUGCUUACAUUAACCUUGCUACAUUUUAUCUUAUUGGUUUGCCAAUAUCAUGUUUCCUAGGAUUUAAGACCAAUUUGCAGUACAAGGGUUUAUGGAUUGGUCUGAUUUGUGGGUUACUUUGUCAAAGUGGGACUCUCUUCCUUUUCAUAAGGCGUGCCAAAUGGACUAAAUUGGAUCUCUCUAGGGACAAUGAUAAAGAACGGCCUCUUGUUGUUUAACUGAAUGGAAUUGGACUUAUGGUAAAAAAAAAAGAAAAAGGUUUGCAUUCUAUUAUGCAGAAGUUUAUCAGAUAGGGUGAACACUGAACAUGAUUUUGGUGAAGCGUUUCUUGCUUAUAUUCAUUUUGAGAAAGUGCUCACACUUUUUUUUAUAUUUUAUUUGGGAGUGUUGGUGAGUUGCAGAGAGUAAAUCUUGGCAUAUAAUGUAACAGUCUCACGGGAACACAUCAAGAAUAGAUGGGGAGUAAUGUAUCCCACCGUGAAAAGAAUACUAUAAAAAAACUAGGAAACUACGUGUAAUUGACAAUGGAGAACCAUAUGAUUGAUGAUAGAUUAUUUUCUCGCGUGA